UUCUUUCUCCGUCUCCAUCACUAUGGAGGAAAAGCACACAGGCGGUGGAAGCAUGCAUGAGCUCAGGGCGUUAAAACAAAAAAGCACAGCGUCUGUCUUUCUGGAGACCUGAAGAUCCGUUAUAGUGAUGAGCGUGCGAGAGAGGCUGAGCGGGACACGUUACCAGGGAGACGACGGUGAUGAUGAUGAUGAUGAAAUGCAUUAGCCUCUCGUAUGGCACGUUUCCUCAAGUCUGAAGGAACUUAAAAAGCUGUUAUGCCAGCUCCUGCCACUCAGGAGAACAUCAUGAAGUCCCAGCAGAAGUGUAUUGCUGUGUUUGCACUGGUUUGCUGCUUUGCUGUCCUGGUGGCUCUGAUAUUCUCUGCUGUGGACGUUUGGGGCGAGGAUGAGGAUGGUGUCACUGAGGAAAACUGCAGCAGAAAUUGCCGCAUUGUCCUUGUGGAGAACAUCCCAGGAGAGCUGUCGUUCAAUAGUUCGUCUCAUCUCCCGCUUACUGUGGGUCUCAACCACCUUUUGGACCAAGCCAAACUGUCAGUUGAGAUAGUAUCUCCAUACUGGGCUCUGACCUCCACCGAUCAGGGGGCACGGGUUUACACUUCCUAUCAGGGUCAAUAUUUGUUUCAGAGAUUGUUAAGCCUGAAGUCUCGAGGUGUCAAAUUAAAGGUUGUCAGUGACCAACCCAACUCCACUGAGCUGAAGAGCAUGGCUGAUCGCUAUGCCGAAGUUCGCUAUGUCAACAUGACGGCCCUCACCAGAGGACGACUGCUUUCCUCCUUUUGGGUCGUGGACAGGAAGCACAUUUACAUCGGCAGUGCUGGAAUGAACUGGAAGGCUCUGUCCAAGCUGAAGGAGCUGGGGAUCAUAGUGUAUGACUGCAGUUGUCUGGCUAUGGACCUGCACAGGAUCUUUUCUUUCUACUGGCAGCUGCAGUACAGGGACUACAUCCCUUCAAUCUGGUCCAAGAGAGUCACAGCCGUGUACAGCCGAGACGAGCCGCUCCAGCUCACACUCAACAAUACAGACGCUUCUGCCUAUGUGUCGACGUCACCAGAGCUGUUUUGCCCGAAGGGUCGGAGUCGAGAUAUAGAUGCUAUACGACAUGUGAUCCGAGAAGCGAAGAGAUACAUUUACAUCUCUGUAACUGAUUACCUGCCCUUAGUCAACCGGAGCUUUAGAGGAUCAGCAAUCAUAAGGUACUGGUCGCCAAUAGAUGAGAUGCUCCGCGAGGCUGCAGUACUGAAAGAGGUCAAAGUUCGUCUUUUAAUCAGUCUGUGGACUCGAACACAUCCGCUGACCUUUAACUUUAUGACAUCAAUGCAGGCUUUGUGCACAGGACUGCCAGUCUGCUCUAUUGAGGUGAGAUUUUACAGAGGCAAGGAGCAGAUGGGCGGAUUUCAGCACAGGAUGAAUGAGAAUAAAUUUGUGGUAACAGACAACGCAGUGUACAUUGGAAAUCUGGACUGGGUUGGCAGUGAGUUUGCCUUCAAUGCAGGAGCUGGGCUGGUGUUUCAGGAACCAGAGAACCAGCAGGACGGACGAGACUCGAUUGUAGAGCAGCUGACGGCUGCUUUUGAAAGAGAUUGGUUUUCACCCUACACAAUAAGCCUGCUCUCUGGCAGCACAACCUUACAGGAGAGCCAACAUGGGAAGCAGAAACUGCAAAGUCUGAAGACAAAAACAGAAAGCAGAGAGCAUGAGUGAGUUUCUCUGCGGGAGUUUCUCUCUCAAGCGGGACCAAUAAGCCAAGGACUUUGUGCCUCAGAACAUCUGCGCCAUGACUCUUACCAUUUGAAUUUUCAAAUGCUGUCGAUGGAACUGAAUUUUAAUCUCUGAAGGACUUCUGUGAAGGAAACUUUCGUUUUGACAUCUAAAUACAGCACUUUCAAUGUAAAACUUUACUCUUACACUCAAUGGUUAUAUAUAAUGCAUGCUUAUUUAGAUAAGCAAACCUGAGAACUGUGGAAAUGUACUCCGAUAUUCAGACUUUGCUCAUUUUAAACCAAAAUAUUCAACUACC